UAAAAGAAACUGAAACUGUUCUGCUGUUGAUUGUGUGUCUGUAUUGCUGUAGACAGUGAAAUGGCUGAAGCCAGUGUUUUUUCAGUGGAGCAGUUCAGCUGUCCAGUGUGUCUGGAUCUCCUGAAGGAUCCUGUGGCCAUUCCCUGUGGACACAGUUACUGUAUGAGCUGCAUUACAGACUGCUGGGAUCAAGAGGAUCAGAAGAGAGUCUACAGCUGUCCUCAGUGCAGACAGACCUUCAGUCCAAGACCUGCUUUAGCUAAAAACACCAUGCUGGCUGAAGUGGUGGAGAAACUGAAGAUGACCAAACUAAAAGCUGCUGUUCCUGCUGGAUCUGGAGACGUGGAGUGUGACAUCUGUACUGGAAGAAAACACAAAGCUGUCAAGUCCUGUCUGGUGUGUCUGGAGUCUUACUGUCAAACUCACUUUGAGCGUCAUGAAGAGUUUCGUCCAGGAAAGAGACACAAAGUGACUGAUGCCACUGGACGACUGCAGCAGAUGAUCUGCCAGAAACAUGAGAAGCUUCUGGAGGUUUUCUGUCGUACUGACCAGCAAUGUGUUUGUGUACUUUGUAUGACAGAUGAACAUAAAAACCACGAGACUGUGUCAACUGCAGCAGAGAGGACAGAGAAAGAGAAACACUUGAAGGAGACACAGAGUGAAAUCCAGCAGAGAAUCCAGCAGAGACAGAAAGAUCUUGAGCAGCUGAGAGACGCUGUGGAGUCUCAUAAGCGCUCUGCACAGACAGCAGUGGAGGACAGUGAGAGGAUCUUUACUGAGCUCAUCCGCUCCAUUGAGAGAAGCCGCUCUGAGGUGACACAGCGGAUCAGAGAUAAGGAAAAGACUGCAGUGAGUCGAGCUGAAGGACAAAUGGAGCGACUGGAGCAAGAGAUUGAAGAUCUGAAGAAGAGAAACACUGAGCUGGAGCAGCUUUCACACACAGACGAUCACAUCCAUUUCCUGCAGAGUCUUCAGUCUCUCUCAGCUCCUCCUGAAUCUACAGAAAACAUCUCUGACAGUUUCCUCUUUUCUUUUGAUGGAGUGAGAGAAUCUGUCCGUCAGCUGAGACUCAAACUGGAGGAUUUCUGCAAAGAGGAGAUGAAAAAGAUAUCUGUCAGUAACAUUGUUCCCAGGAGCAGAGAGGACUUCCUACAAUAUCGUCAUCAGUUCACUCUGGAUCCAAACACUGCACAGAAACAUCUCUGUCUGUCUGAAGGGAACAGAUUGGUGACUUACACUGACACAGCUCAGCCGUAUCCUAAUCAUCCAGACAGAUUUGAUGGUUGUUUUCAGGUGUUGUGUAGAGAGAGUGUGAGUGGACGCUGUUACUGGGAGCUGGAGUGGAGUGGGAGUGUUGUGGAUAUAUCAGUGUCAUAUAAGAGCAUCAGCAGGAAGGGAUCUGGUAAUGAGUGUGUGUUUGGAGGUAAUGAUCAGUCCUGGAUACUGCGCUGCUCUCCCUCUAGCGUCUCAUUCUGUCAUGAUAACAAAGAGACUAAACUCCCUGUUUCCUCCAGCUGCAGGAGAAUAGGAGUGUAUGUGGAUCACAGAGCAGGAACUCUGUCCUUCUACAGCGUCUCUGACUCAAUGAACCUCAUCCACACAGUCCAGACCACAUUCACUCAGCCGCUAUAUCCUGGGUUUAAUGUUUGGGGUCAUCAAUCAUCAGUAAAACUAUUAUAACUAUCUAGAUUAUACAGAGAUCUACACAUUGUACAGUUAUAUGUGUUUUAGACAGAGGGACUUGAAAAUAAUAAUUAUCUCUUUUUUGUGUGCAAAAACGUAUAACUUUAUAUAAACUUAUAAAACAUUAUAAGUAAACCUCAAGGUACAUAUAUAAAAAAACAACAAUAAAAAAUAAAUCUGUCUUGACCCCUUUAAAACAAAACUAGAGCUGAACUUCUGUCAUUGACAGUAACAUAAAUCACACAAUACUAUAACUGAGCGAAUACUUUUUCAUCAGAUUAAUCUAAUAUUGAUUGUAAAAUUAGUCAAAUUCUUUGUCUCUGGAAUGGCUUUGUAUUUUCAUAAUCUGAUACAGCUGUGCUCUUAUUACACACAAGAAGAGCUUUAAUAAGAUGAACUCAACAUUGAAAUACAGAAAUCUGCAUUUUAAUAAUUGUAUUUUUAAUCUCGAUGAUGAUUCAGAGAAAUGAGGUGCUUCUGAACUGAAUUCAGUCAAUGUGACACUGUUUUUCUGUUUCUUCUUUCUUUCAACACAUUUGCAAUCAUCACAUCUGAUUUUCUGUCAUUAUGAUGUAUGGAGUGUAGAUUGAUGUGCAUGAAAAAUAAAGGAUUUUAGCAUUAGACUGCAACAUUAA